AUGGAUGCAAGAUAUAUCGAUACGGAUAAUUUGGGAGAAUUGGAUAUUAUGUAUGAAAAAGGCGUUAUCGAUAGUGAAUCUGAAUUAAUACCGAUCAGUGCUGCACCGGGUUUCAUGCGAAUAUACUGGAAUGGUGAACGACUAUCUUCCAAAAACGAUUCAUUUGACAAUUAUGGACGUUAUUGUAUAAACGGUCUCGCAUUAAAAGAAGAGCUGUUAGCAGAAUUACAAAAACUGGAUGCUUCCCGUCAUAUUCCUCCGAACAAACAUAAAACAUCCGUAAAAUCAGCUAGUGUUCAAUCAGAUGAAUCUUCUUUGUUCGCACAAAAAGUGGAUGAAGCAGUAAAAAAAAUUAUUGAAGAAAAACUAAAAACUGGCAUUUAUCAGCAACAAAUUAAUGAAAAAAAAUUUAUGUCCGAUGUUUACCGAAAGUGUUUAACUUCGGUUCCAGAAUUUAUUGACUAUCUUGUUGGUCUAUUUCAACCUGAAACACUAGAAAAUAUUACUAAAAGCACUUCCUUUCGCGACAUAUCAUUGACUUCUCUUCGGUUACCAGCUAUUUUAUUAGUACAACUGACACUGGCACUUUGUUCGCCAUUGUGCGGUAUUCCAUUACACCCAGAUAUUUCCACUCGACUAUUGUCUUAUACUAAUUUUGCUAACAAACACGAACAGUCUAGUAAUAAGAUAUUUUCAAAACUCUUAAAUAAAUGUGUGAAAUAUAUGGUAGAAACUGAAGGUGAAUAUGACCAUAUUCCAGCGUUGACAUUAAAUGUUGUUCCAAAAAUAAUAUUACCCUUUUUUAAUCGUAUUAGAAUAACACGUUUCGAUUUAUAUGAAAAGCUAAAAGAUGGUACUAUUUUUGUAAUACCAAAGUGGUCUGGUUUGACACCAGAAAAAGGAGCACAUUUUGAAUUUCGUUACUCAUUCUCUGACUAUGAGAAGACAUUAGCACAAUUACGUUCGAAUAUUAAACUGACGCUCAAUAAAGUUGCACGAUCUAUUUAUUAUGAAUGUUUAUCGAAGAACAGCCUGCAAAUUGAUGGAACAUAUUUGCCGUCGUAUUUUGUUAAAACAACUGUACUGUGGUUAUGUGAAAAUGAAAAUGUUAUUAUAGCUGAUUUUUUCUCGUUAAAAUCAAGCAACAUCCAACGUCGGCAUUUUGGUGUUCGUGAAUUAGACCACGUUACUGAUAUCACCCAAAAAUAUCCGUUAUUUAUUUCAUCACCAAUUGGUUUAGAUUUUGCACAUCCACUUUUACCAUCUCAUUUUCUGACUGGUCCUUAUUUCAGACCAGAUUACGACAAAAAGGUAUUACCAAAUGACCUUCAGUUAUGGUUAGACGAAGCACCAAAUGUUAUCUACAUUAGUUUUGGAACUGUUAGAUCUCCUACUCUGGAACGUAUUCAAAUUAUACAUUUAGCACUAACAAAACAAAACAAAACAUUGAGAUAUUUAUGGUCAUUAAGUGAACCAUUUCAAUAUCUCUUAGAAAAAGCAAACAUUAAUCAACUAUCAAAUGUACGCUAUGCAUCGUAUUUACCACAGAUAGAAAUAUUAAAACAUGAGAAUGUAAUUUUAUUUAUAUCCCAUGGAGGAUUUAAUAGUGUUGCUGAGUCAUUAAUAUUCAACAAACCAAUGUUAAUUAUACCAUUAACAGCACAUGCUUUAGAUCACGUUGAUAACGGAUUAAGGGCUGAGAAAUCUGGAUGUGGAAUUAUGCAUUUCGGAUGGAAUUUGAAACCAAUAUUAUUGCAACAACAAAUAUCACUAUUAUUACAAAACAUUACUGUUAACAUUGAUGAUAACAUGACGUAUCCAAAUCCAAUUGAUUUUAAAAAAAUGAAUCAUUUCUUUGCAGCUGCUCAUCGUAUUGGCAGAUUGCUUCGUUCUGCUGGUGGUACUACUCGAGCAGCUACUAUCAUCGAAGAAUUUUUAGAAUUUGGAUACCAACAUUUGAUAUUUAAUCAACCAAAUUACAAACAAUCGUUCAUCAUAUAUAGUCUUGUCCUCCUCGUUACUACUACAAUCAUUGUGCUAUUAGUGCUAUUACCAUAUUGUUGUUGUCGCAUUUGUUAUCGGAGAUUCAAACCAAAAUUGGUUAAGCAAAAGAGAAAAGCUCAAUAA